CCAUCCUAUUUAAUUUGUCUUCCUACCGUUUCUUCUCCCCAGGAUUCAGACCUGGAGAAGGCCAUUAACACGCUGGUCACCCAGUUCCACUCUGCUUCAGCUGACAAAGGUCCAACUCUGAAAACCGAUGAAUUCAAAGGUCUUUUGUCCUCCCAGUUGCCUAAUCUGGUCAAGAUCGGCACAGACCAGGGUUUCGGUGAGAUCCUGCGGAAGAUGGGUGUAGGUGACGGUGAGGGCAUCAGUUUCAAGCAUUUCUGGAACUUAAUCCAGUCAGUAGCCACCUCACAGCACGGCCUCCUCAAAGGCCAGACGGGCUCCACAUGCGGCUGCAUCCUCCUGUGAAGAGCAAACUCUGAGCCCAACAGAUCAGCUCUGAGUUUCCACCCUGGAGUUUAACUAAAAAAAGUAACAAUAUGCACAUCACUCUCCUAAUCAGGUGUCGGACAGAAUACAAAGUAUAGUACAAAAAUUACAAAAGUUGUGACUCAAACAUUAGUUUUCUUUUUUUUUUUAUUAAAUAAUGUGAUCUGACAGGUUUCCACAUCACACUUCUGCCAGUAUACUGCCCAGCAUCGUUUGCGUCAAUUAAAGUGCAUAUUCAGUCUAGUAUUGGUAUUUACAUUCUGCAUGUUGCUUUAUUUUUUAACUACAAUUUGAACUGUCAUACAAUAAUAUAAUAUAAUCAUCUUCAUACGUAGUACCAGAUAACAUCAAUUUCUAGCCAUUUGGUAAUCAUGAAUGAAGUACUUGCAUUGUGUAUUUUAUUCUACACACUCCACAUGUUAUUAUAGGCAAUCAAACUGUCCACAUCAACAUAACGCUCUGAAAGUAUACCUGGUCGUACGCCUUGUCAUCCAUAUCAACUUUAAUCUUCAAAAGAAGUGCUUGUUGAAUGGUCUAACAGCGACAUCUGAAUUUGACCUUGUGUGUGUCAGUAACAAAACGCAAAAGUGUACCUUGGAUAGAUUCUAAAUUUCAGUAUGUUUGACUUCGCAAUCAUGUGGUGAAACACCUCAAAUUGUGUACCUUUCUACAAGUAAUGAUUUACACUGUGCGAUCCUGCAUCCACUGUGCAUUUUCUAUGUAUUUAUAUUUUGUAAUUCUCUGUAUUCUGACCUGUGUGACACCUUAAGAAAAAUGAUGUAAUAAACAUACAAACAUGCAAUUUGA